AUGAGAAUGGGUUCCGACAGUCGUUCAUUUCUAAACUAUCCCCAGGCCCAGGAGGGUCCUGUUGUGCCAUACAAUAAUGAGACCCAGUCCAUUCCUGUCUUCCGAGGCACGGCUUUGGCAAUUGGCGCAACCUUCCAUUUCUGGCGCACUGCUGGCUUCGGUGUGAUUCGCGAAAUUCCUCAAAUCCUUCAAUAUGCCGGUCGCUAUGAUCCUACUGUGAUUCCCGUGGAGCUGACACCCAGCGACAUACCGACCCCUGUCGUCGCAAAGAGGAAAGGAAGAAGUGGAUAUUAUACGUCAGCCGACUAUCAUGCACUAUAUCUUUCCAAGGACUUGACGCCGACCAGAGUUGUAGAGACAUUGCUGCCUCUUGUCCGGCGUGACAUCAAGCCCCCAGGGAAACACUCCACUGCUUUCCUCGAGUCGCAGGUCGAUAUCAUCCGCGCAGCUGCUGAAGCAUCCACGGAGCGGUUUAAAAAGGGCCAACCACUGGGUCCACUUGACGGGAUUAUUGUUGCGAUCAAGGAUGAAGUCCAUAUUACAGGGUAUAAGCGCACGCUAGGCACGAAAUUGGAUUUCAAGAAUGGGAGCGAUGAAACUUCGUGGUGUGUACAGCAAUGGCAGAAUGCUGGUGCGAUUAUAAUUGGUAAAACGACCAUGCAUGAACUCGGUCUUGACACGAACAACAACAAUCCGAACUACGGAACUCCUCGAAACCCCCACAACAAGACCUACUACUGUGGCGGCUCCUCGGGGGGCUCUGGCUAUGCUGUUGGCGCAGGCCUGGUACCCAUUGCACUCGGGGCUGACGGCGGCGGCUCAAUUCGAAUCCCGUCCUCAUUUUGCGGUAUCUGGGGUCUCAAGACUACUCACGGCCGCGUCUCUGGCGCCCCUUCUCUAAGUCUUGCACCAAGUGUUGGUGUCCUCGGCCCCAUGGCUUCUAAUAUAGAUGAUCUCGCUCUCGCCUAUCGCAUAAUGGCCACUCCAGCCCCCGCCUCGCAGGAUCCGAUAUCCUCCCAGUUUCCCCAACCAAUCCCUUUACCCUCUGACCGGCAGCGAGCCAAAACUAUCGGUAUUUUUAGCGACUGGAUCGACCGUGCUGAGCCCGCCGUACGCUCUGUCUUCGACAAUGCCCUCGAAUACUACCGCCAGCGGGGAUACGAAAUAGUGAAUAUAACGAUCCCUUAUGUCCCCGAAGGCCAGCGCGCACACGUGCUCACCAUCAUGGCCGAGAUCGCCUCCGGCGUAGAUGCCCGUCAGAUCCGGCACUUGACGGCUCCAAACAAGGUCUUCGUGUCUUUGGGCACGUACCAAAUCAAUGCCCAGGACUUCCUCGCAUCCCAACGCCUGCGCAACCUGCUCAUGCAGCACCUAGCACACCUGUUCGAAACAUAUCCCGGGCUGAUUAUUUUCUCGCCGACGACCCCGCUGCCGGGCUGGCAUAUCAGCGGCGAAGGAGACCUUUCACGCGGCCUGUCUGACGGUGCAACAUCUGUCCGAAACAUGGAGUAUGUCUGGCUCGCCAACUUCACCGGGUGUCCAUCUAUCAGUUGCCCUGCAGGGUAUGCCAAGGAUAGUGGUGUUCCAAUUGGUGUGAUGGCGAUGGGCGAAUGGGGCACAGAAGAGGACUUGAUUGAUUUUGCUCGUGACGGUGAAGGGAUCUUGGACUUGCCCGCCAACAAAGCCCCGGCCGGAAAUGAAGAAAAUGUGUCUACAGGGCUACGUGCACCCUCUGCCAAUGACUCAAUUUGGGAAGACGUCAUUGCGAGAGCUCAGGAGGGUCAAAUUGCUUGA